CGUCCUGUCUUUUAGUUUUAGCAUUCGGCAGCUUUAUCUUCACAGCCCUCCUCUGCCGCUCUCUCUCUCUCUCUCUCUCUUUCACACACUCACUCUCUUCAGAUGAGGAAUUAAUUCAUCUCCGCCACACCUCGGAUUCAUCAUCUUUAGACAUGGCUGCCCAUUUCCCUCUGCUCCGGGCGCCAGUCUCCCCCUCCACCAGACCUCUUCAUAUCUGCGGCUUCAAACCCACUACCCCAACUUCCUCUUCGUACACCCCAAGACAAUCUGAUUUGUGUCGAUUAUCUUCUCUCGCAUGCGCUUAUUCGAAUGGGAGGGAGCCUGACUCAGUGGACGACGGUGUCAAGAGUGUUGAACGGCUGCAGGAAGAGAAACGGCGUGCCGAGUUGUCUGCUCGGAUUGCGUCGGGGGAAUUCACUGUCGAGAAAUCUGGUUUUCCAUCUGUAGUAAAGAAGAGUUUGUCAAAGUUUGGGGUUCCUAGUGCAAUUCUGGAAUUUUUAUUCGGUUGGGUUGAUACCCAUGAAGAGUAUGCAAAGAUUCCGGAGGCAAAAGGAUUAAUUAGUGCCAUUCGAAGUGAGGCCUUUUUCAUUCCCUUGUAUGAGCUCUACCUCAGAUAUGGUGGAAUUUUCAGGUUGAACUUUGGACCAAAGUCAUUUCUAAUAGUUUCUGAUCCUUCCAUCUCAAAACAUAUAUUGAGGGAUAACUCAAAGGCUUAUUCAAAGGGUAUCUUGGCUGAAAUUCUAGAAUUUGUCAUGGGGAAGGGGCUCAUCCCAGCUGAUGGGGAGAUAUGGCGUGUCCGAAGACGUGCUAUAGUGCCAGCAUUGCAUAAGAAGUAUGUGGCUGCUAUGAUUAACCUCUUCGGACAAGCUACAGAUAGGCUUUGCAAAAAGCUUGAUGCUGCUGCAUCUGAUGGGGAAGAUGUUGAGAUGGAGUCACUUUUCUCGCGUUUGACAUUGGAUAUUAUUGGAAAAGCAGUAUUUAAUUACGAUUUUGAUUCCUUAACAAAUGAUACUGGGAUAGUUGAGGCAGUUUACACUGUCCUGAGAGAAGCAGAAGAUCGGAGUGUUGCUCCAAUUCCUUUCUGGGAGAUUCCAAUAUGGAAAGACUUGUCACCCCGGCAGAGAAAGGUUGCUUCAGCGCUCAAAUUGAUUAAUGAUAUACUCGAUGAUCUGAUCGCAAUAUGUAAGAGGAUGGUUGAUGAAGAAGAGCUUCAGUUUCAUGAGGAAUAUGUGAAUGAACAAGAUCCGAGUAUUCUUCACUUCCUUUUGGCCUCAGGAGAUGAUGUUUCAAGCAAGCAACUCCGUGAUGACUUGAUGACAAUGCUUAUAGCUGGGCAUGAAACAUCAGCAGCGGUAUUAACAUGGACCUUUUAUCUUCUCUCCAAGGAGCCUAGUGUCAUGUCCAAACUUCAAGAGGAGGUAGAUUCUGUUCUAGGAGACCAGUUUCCAACAAUUGAAGAUAUGAAGAAACUCAAGUAUGCAACUCGAGUAAUCAAUGAAUCCUUGAGGCUUUACCCACAGCCGCCUGUAUUAAUUCGUCGUUCACUUGAGGAUGAUGUGCUUGGAAAGUACCCCAUAAAAAGGGGUGAGGAUAUCUUUAUUUCUGUUUGGAACCUGCAUCGUAGUCCAAAGCUUUGGGAUGAUGCGGAUAAGUUUAAACCUGAAAGGUGGCCUUUAGAUGGACCCAAUCCAAACGAAACUAACCAAAACUUCAGUUACUUGCCAUUUGGCGGAGGACCGCGGAAAUGUGUAGGUGACUUGUUUGCUUCAUACGAGGCUGUAGUGGCACUUGCAAUGCUUGUCCGGCAAUUUAACUUUCAAAUGGCCGUUGGAGCUCCUCCUGUUGAGAUGACUACAGGAGCGACAAUCCACACAACAGACGGGUUGAAGAUGACCGUCACAAAGAGAAUAAAACCUCCCAUAGUCCCCGUACUGGAGAUGCCGGCAUUGAAAAUGGAUUCAUCAGUGAGCCUCUCAAAAGGGGACACUUUUUUGGGUCAGGAAGGUGAAGUUUCCUCCGCCCAUUCCUGAUUGCUAUAGCCUUGCUACAUUCUGGCUAUAUAUUGUACAAUUUGCUUCCCCUUUUUUGGGUUUAAACCUAUGGAAGUUUGUCUAUAAUUUUUUAAGAGGGGGUUAAAGUAAAGAAGUCAGGACAUGGAAGUGGAAAUAUCUCAUUUUGUAAUGCCCCGGCUUUUUUAAGCAAAGCCGUAAGUGGAAAUAUCUUAUUUUUCAUGUGACACUACUACUAUUAUCUUAAAACAACGCAACGGAAAUUUUCGCUUUC